AUGGCAACGUCACCAACAAGAAGGUUAUUAAAGGAUUUAGAAGUAGUAAAUAACAAUUGCGAAACUCAUAAAAUAUACGCAGAGCCACUAGAGAGUGAUGUAUUUACAUGGGUGGCUAUUAUUUCUGGACCAAGUGAUACUCCAUAUGAAGGAGGUUCUUUUUCACUAGCAAUGAUUUUUGAUGAAACUUACCCACAAAAUGCACCAGAAGUAUGCUUCUUAUGCCCUAUGUUUCACCCAAAUGUAUAUAAUAACGGAGAUUUGUGUCUUGAUAUUUUAAAGAAUAAAUGGUCACCAACGUAUGAUGUUCUUGGUAUUUUACUUAGCAUACAGUCAUUACUUAAUGAUCCAAACAUCAAUAGUCCAGCAAAUGUUGAAGCUGCUAAUUUAUAUGAAAAUGAUCCAAAUCAAUACCAUUUAAGAGUAAGAGAUAUAGUAGAAAAGAGCUGGGAUAUUAAUGAGAUUGGUAAAAAGAAAAAAACAACUUAA